AUGGCAAUAUGGUCGCCGUGGCCGCUAGCAAACUUGUUCUGGACCCGUUUGACCUCGUCUCUGUUCUCCAUCUUGACCAUGAACGGAUUACCGGUGACUCCAACGGCAGCCAGCGUCAAACAGCUAUCCAGACACUUGAACAGGACUCCAAAUAGCAACAGUUUACCAGACUUGAGGUCUGUUGGUAAUGUUGACAGAUACGACCCCAAUUUGGUGAGAUUGUCGUUGUGGAGUGCUCCCAUUUCUGUGAGCAGCUGUUUGGAGCUUUCGAUGUUUUCCUUUUCUGGUGGGUCGAGACCUAACUGCAAAAACUCGUGGACAUUGCCAACACCCAUUGAUUUCACCACCAGGUACAGAUUUUCAAGCCUGCUUGUAGCACAAGCCGGCUUGAAUACGACCAGCUCUUCCUCGUCUCUGUUUGCAUUCUGCCUGGGACGCCCAGGAUUCCACGAGCUUGCUGGAGUUGGACCCGGAAUCGAAGUGGACGCUCUUGACUCUGCCGGUGUCGAUGACCACGACUGCGUCCGGGAUGGUGAUGGAGGUCUCUGCGACGUUGGUGGAGGCGACCACUUUACGCUGGCCAGAAGGAGGGUUUCUAAAGAUGCGUUUCUGGUCCUUGGAGCUGAGGGCAGAGUGCAACGGCAGGGCCCAGAACGGUCCUUUGAUUUUGGCCAGACACUUGUUGAUUUCCAUCACUCCCGGAAGAAAGAUCAGGAUGGAUCCCUUGUUGCCCUGUCUGGUGAGGUCCUGGUCGACUUUCUCCACCAGAGCAGCAAUGAGGUCGUAAUUGAUAUUUCCGAGCUCGAAAUAUUUCGAGUCGGCUUUUGGCUGGAUCUCCUCGCCGUUGCGCAUGGUCACUGUGAAUUGCAGCGAGUCCAGAACGUUAUCGAGGUAGAAGUCCUGGAUGGGGAACGUUCUUCCCUCGAUGUGGACGUGCGACACGCCUGA